UAUCUGGUUGAUAAAUAAUUUAUCGUUCUAGAUGCCUGGCAUAGUAGUAUUUCAACGACGAUGGUCCGUCGGUUCGGACGAUCUCGUUGUUCCUGGCCUAUUCCUGCUUGUUAUUCAUUUCAUAUGGCUAGUCGUGCUGAUGGUGAUGACGCUCAAGUUCCACUUCGAUCAAACAGAACAUUGCGUUUUACAGCUAUGGUAUUUUCAAAUUGGAUAUAUGAUACUACUUGCAGUGUGUAUGUGCCUGGAACUAUCCAUAUGUGUGGUAUCGAUGCGGGGCAGCAUUCUGGAUAUAGAGCCUAGGGCAUCGAUGCAAUAUCUGCUGUACGGUCGGGUACUUUUAAUGCUGAUCGAUCUUGGCCUGCUAACGGUAGGUAUCUCUUGGUUGCGAGAUAACUACACCACCUGCCCAGCCGAGGAACCGAAGGAAGUGGUGCUGGCUGCGAUUGCGUGCAACCUGUUCGUCAUCCUUAGCAUGAUCACCACCGUCUGGUGCACGUUUGAUCCAGCCGGACGGUCAUGGGUGAAGAUGAAGAAAUAUCAGCGAUCAAUGCGCGAGUCUGAAUCCCGAUUCAAUUACAAGCGCAGCGGAUGUCGCAGUCGGAACUGGCGACAGAGAAAAGUGAUCCGAGCAUAUCAAGAUAGCUGGGAUCAUCGGUGUCGAUUGCUGUUCUGCUGCAUGGGAAAUAGCGAUCGAAGUCGUAACUCUUUCACUGAUAUUGCCCGCCUUCUCAGUGAUUUUUUUCGCGAUUUGGAUGUGGUGCCAUCAGACGUAGUAGCGGGAUUGGUGUUGCUACGGAAGUUCCAGAAACUAGAACGUGAAGUUAUAGUUCGACAGCAAAAAAACGGAACGCACAAGUUCUUGUCUGGCGUUCCAAUUACUACAAACACUCAGUUCCUGGCACUAAAUGAUCCAAGGGAUUAUGAUCACUUUCAGACCGUUAUUCGAUACAUGUAUUUUGCGCAAGGUGCAUACGGUUGGCCCAUGUAUCUAAUGAGCCAUUCCAGCACUGGUGUGUGUCAAUUGGCUUCCGAAUUGCGAUACUGCUUUUGCAGACGGAAUACGGUGGAUGUGGUCGAUGAUAAUUGUUGCUUUUGCAAUUACGCCGCACUUAAAAAGAUGCUGGAAAUGGGUGAGGUUGAAGUGAUUUAUGCUACAUAUCAUGUCGAUAUCGCCGAAACACCGUUCUUCGUCGCGAUUGAUUAUAACUACAACAAAAUUGUUAUCAGCAUCCGUGGUACGCUUAGUAUGAAGGACGUUCUGACGGAUCUUAAUGCCGAGGGCGAACCGUUGCCGCUCAAUCCACCAAGAGAGGAUUGGCUCGGCCACAAGGGUAUGGUGCAAGCGGCGCUCUACAUCAAGCGAAAGUUGGAGGAAGAAAAUCUUAUCCAACGUGCACUCAAACACAAUCCAGCCCGAGGAACGCAAGGGUUUGGGUUAAUACUGGUGGGUCACUCGCUCGGCGCCGGUACAGCCGCUAUAUUGGCAAUCCUAAUGAAACAAGAGUACGAUGUGUUGCAUUGCUACAGCUACUCCCCGCCGGGUGGAUUAUUAAGUAUGCCUGCUGUAGAGUAUAGCAAAUCGUUCAUCACUUCGGUUGUGGUUGGGAAAGAUGUUGUACCAAGAAUCGGACUUUAUCAAAUGGAAGCCUUGCGAGCAGAUUUGAUCAACGCAAUUCAGCGUAGUAUCGAUCCAAAAUGGAAAACUAUUGCUUGCUCAGUUAUCUGUUGCUGCUGUGGACCGGAACCGACAUCCGUUAUGAUGAUGUCGACGAAGGAUUCAAAUAUUCAGCGAUAUAAACAGGAGCGCAACAGCGCGCGCCAAAGUACGGUGCAUCCUAACGACAAUUCAAUAGCGCUUACACUUCAUCAUCCACUUUAUCCACCUGGUCGCAUCAUACACAUCGUACGACACCAUCCAGUUCAAGAAGAACAAAUUCUUAAAAAACGGGAUCCUGUGUAUCAAGCUAUAUGGGCCGACAAUAAAGAUUUCGACGAGGUACUGAUUUCACCUGUGAUGAUUCAGGACCACAUGCCCGACACAGUAUUAGCAGCGCUCGAAAAGGUCGUAUGUUCUAUUGGGCCACAGAAACCAUCUAGGCAGUUUACUAGCCUCCCUGUUAUGUCUACGGACGUAGCGGAAAGAUCGAAAACCAAAGGAGACCAGUCAACCGUAAGCCUAAAACUUCAACCAAAUCUUGCUUCACCUGCUCAACAUAAGAUUUGUCUGGAAACUUCUUUUACUAAUAUGCAAUUGCUACAGCUACACGGUGGUGAGCUCACGGACCAGGCAGCAGCACUCGGGCACCAGAAUGCCGAUAUUUGUAAUGCAUCGUCAACCGCCGAUAGUCUGGUCGGGCAGCGUAGCGCACAGUCCAGCCUGGUCGACGAUAGCGGAAUUCCCAAGAGUAUCUCAGGACCAAGUGAAGUGACAACUGUGAUUUUGGCCGAAGUACAAAGCGCGCCCGCAACGACAAUGGCAACCGUAUCUCGUGUUCCUACGGUGACCAGUGGUGGUACCACCGGUAAGAUGUUGAAUUUUAUUGCCUCAGCUAAUCGUACGCGAAACGAUAUGUACCUCAUGUUUCAACCUUCCACGUCCGUUGGCACGACGACGAACCGGGCAGAUAAUCUGUCGCUAGGUAUCACGCGCCGGAAUUCUUACGAAAUACAAAAGAUAGAUCUUAUACAUGAUGAUUGGUUCGGUAUGGCACCGUUAGCUAGUCCGGAGAGUUUAUCCGAGCUUUCUAGUAUUAGUUCGCGGGCGAGCAUGUCCACGUGCAUGGUAAGCGGACUAGACAAAGGGUUAGAAAAUAGUAAGGACACGCGACAGAUACGAGUAAGCGAGCGUAGCGACUUACUAACGGUGGAAUCGCAGCUGCUAACGCCGAAAGUUCUACGUCGUACACCUAAGGUGAGCGGCAAUUUGUCAACCUGUGCAGAAGAUGCACGCACUGUUUACCAGUACAAGCGGAUGGGUAAAAUAUUCGUUCUGAAUCAACCAUCGUACGAAUCGAACAGCACCCUCGAUAGUUACGAUAUUGAACAGCCUGUAAAUACGUCAGAAGAGAACGGCAUUUUAGCUACAAUUAAUGAAAAGGAUCCGCUACCUUAUGAUACCGAUGAUAGUAAAGGUACAAUGGAUCGAAAAGAUCUGAAUGCAAAUAGUAAGGUAAGCGAGUCGGUAACAAAAGAACCUUGCGAAGACGCAGUUCUUUGUAGUUCUAGCUGUCCGGCAUGUCCAUGUCAAGGUAAAUCGAAUGGCAAUUGCUGUCAGAAAUUUAACCACCGAGAAUGUUACAAUUACAAAUACACGUCAUUUAACAUAUUUAAGUUUAACAAAGCCAGUGAAGUUAUCUCUGGCAGUGCUGCGAUCGGCAAAGUCGUUGGACCGUUGGACAGAAAAAACGAUUCAAGUUGCUGGUCCCAAAGCGAAUGGAUUGCACCAUCGCCACAAGCAGGAAACGAGGACAAUAAUAAUAUUUAUCCGAUCCCAGCAGUUUCUGCUUUGCCAUCCGCUCCGGUGAAGGCCGGUUUGCUGGAAUCACACUUUCCCGUAUUUUAUAGUAAAAGUGGUAAUACCGACCCGAACUGGGAACAUUUAGACCAUUGUGCAAAGCCAGGCAUAUUACAACCGGGCAAAUCGGUUAAAUCACUAACACCGAUUAGGCUGACCGAUGUUCAGGAGCCUACACUGGCAACCACUACAAUAGAGAUAAGGAACGAAACCUUUCCAUUGCUGGUGAACCUGGCCGAGCAUACAUCGCCGAAUGGAGGUUUUUCGCGAAGGAAAAACACCGUACAUCCAACGGAGCAGAAUCUUAUCGUUGUGGAUGGGUUUAAUCCUACCGAUGCAGAAAACGUCGAGCCUCGCUGUUCGUCCGUUAGUUCCUACGUCUCCCUAACCACUUGCAAGCACAGCCAGCAAGCGACCCAAAGCGAAAGUAACGUUUAAAGUGUA